GAGGAAAUUAACUUAACAUUUUACACAGAACAGGGACGUGAGGAAGAACACCCCCUCAAUGUAUACUAUCUGGGUAGUAGGUGUGGACUUAAGCGUAGAGGGGAAAGAGAAUAUUGUGUGUCAGGGUUUUGUUUCCAGGAAGUGGGUUGAGUUAUUUAUAUUUCAACACUUGUCCUCUAGUACCCAUGGGAGGACCUGUGUUCGUAACCUGAAACUUUAUAUUUAAACAAUGUCUUAUUCUAGAUGUGUUGCAGUGAACACAAACUACUGUGGGAAUUAGACUGAGAGGAACAAGUGAAGGUUUAUAGCAGAAAAUCUAAAACUUAUACAAUUGGAUGGAUAGAGAGUGACCCUGAGAGGAUCCUCUCUUUGUUGGAGAACGUUGUAAUGAAGAUCCAUGAGAAGAUUUUAACCCAUUACCUAUCCUGCACCUCACCGAUAGAUAAAGAAGGAUAUCUCUACAAAAAGAAAGAGAGGACCUCCUCCUACCAGAGGCGCUGGUUUGUCCUGAAAGCCAAUCUCCUGUUCUACCAGGAGCGUCCGGCAGAUCGACACCUGCUGGGGGUUAUUGUCCUAGAGGGCUGUGCUGUCCAGCGCUGUGAGUCUGAGGGAGGACUGUUUGCCUUCUCCAUGGUGUUCAGAGGUUCAGGGCUGAAAACCUACGGGCUUGCUGCUGAGGACCAGCUGGGCCAGGAGAGCUGGGUCAAAGCCCUGCUCACAGCCAGCCACUGUUACCUUUCACUGCUGGUCAGAGACCUGGGGAAGCAGUACGAAGGACCAGAGAGGAGAGAAGGGGGAAGCCACAGUGCCAGUAAUCUAUUACAAGCCCCUCCAAUCCCCAGCAAAGUCAUCAAUAAGAGGUCCCCUAAGCAUUGGCCCAAGAGAAACGCACAUGUCACACCUAUAAAUGGACCAGCACCACCAUAUGGGGAAUGGCCACAAGUGGAAUUUGAUCCUCUAGAGGAUUUCACCAAGCUACAUGAUUACUAUGGAGAGGAGGUGAAGCAGCUGAGAGCUGAUUGGCUGAAGAGGCGGCAGGAGGAAGAGGAGCACCUUGAGGAGGAUCUCAUUGACCUGAGUGAACACUGACCCACAGAGAUCAGACAGUCACCACUCUGGUUAUUUUGAUGAGGACUUUGGUGUGAAUGCCAGUAAUCUGAAAUAAGAAUGUGCCUUUAUAAUUUGAGGAACUAGAGCAUUAAAGAAGAACUAGUCACCUGUGUAUACAUCAUGAUGGGAUUAUAGUCCUAUGAGGUUGAUGGUGAGCCUAAAAAUGUCUUGUCACUAAGCAGAGACUCAUCAUCAAACUCAUAAGACUAUCACCCAUAGUGGUGUUGCAAACAACCAGAUGCAUCCGGUUGUCAGGGAUACAGCCCUGAUGUGGGAACUCUGCUUGGGUGUUUCUUUUGUGCCUGCUACAUUAGGUUAUAGGACUAUAAUCAGCUCAUGCUGUAUACACAGGUGACUGGUUCCUCUUAAACACUCUAGUUCCUCAAAUGAUAGUCACUUUCUUAUUUCAGAGUACUGGCACUCCUACUGGUUUGUCUGUUACUGUUUGUAAAUGAUCAUUAAAAUCACUGGUAUAUUUUCUAGGUAAUAUUAAUGUUAAAUGUGAAGCUUAACUUUCUGUCAGCAAUCAGGGUAGUUAUGCAAUAUUGAAGCAAAGAGCUUCCAGUCAAAGCUCGCAUCUACUACAAGACCAUGGUGCUUACCUACGGAAUAGCAAGAUAAACUGCCCCUCUCUACCUUCAGGCUAUGCUCAAAACCUACACCCCAACCCGAGCACUCCGUUCUGCCACCUCAGGUCUCAUGGCCCUCCCACCCCUACAGGAGGGCAGCUCCCGAUCAGCCCUGUCCAAGCUCUUCUCUGUCCUGGCACCAGGACAGAGGAGAGCUCUUUCCUGGUGAGGGAAGAUAGGACAGCAGAGUCUCUGCCCAUUCUCCACAAACAUCUGAAACCCUCUUAAACAGUAACUUAAAUAAACAGUAUCCUCACCUCGACCCCCCCCCCCCUAAAAAAAACAACAACACAGCAACACUUCAUCAGCGCUUGACCCCCCUUCCAGCUCUGCUUCUACCGAUAGCUAUGUUAUUGAGGAAAUAUGUACUUUAUAUGCCUGUGAUUAUGUGGUUGUCCCACCUUGCUAUCUUAAGAUGAAUGUACUGACUGUAAGUAGCUCUGGAUGAGAGCGUCUGCUGAAUGACUCAAAUGUAAAACGUAAAAACAUCCUUGUGAUGUGUUAAACUUCAUAUAUAUUGAUGUGUUGUUCCACACUGUCAAGUAAAGGCUUCACAUCCCUGUUUAACAAAAUAAUAAGUUACAGUGCAGCACUAUAUAAUUAGGUGUAUAUCCUUCAUGUUAAAUGUAUCCAUUAUUUUUAAGCAACUUUAAUGCGCCAAAGGUUGAUGCAGCUCAGCCAUGCUGUACCACCAGAGGGUGCUACAAACACGAGCUGUGAAUUAAACCAUUAAUGUCCACUGAUUAAAAAGUGUGACAAGACUCAGUUUAAUUCAAUCAUCAAAAUCAAAUCAAAUCAAAUCAAAUUUAUUUAUAUAGCCCUUCGUACAUCAGCUGAUAUCUCAAAGUGC